CUCAUAUGUUAAUAGAGUAGUUAAAUAAACUGUUUGUCAACUCAUACUAAAUUACAUAAAUAUAUAUAAGUACAAUAAUUAUGUAUAUGAUCCAUAUGAUCAUAUAUAUCUGGAGAAAUGUGCGCAAACCGCGUGACGCAAGUAGUGACGGCCGCCUCGUGUCAGACAAAUCGCUCGCGGAAAGCUGCCUAAAGCUUUGUACUUUCAGUUCAAUCCAAACUACCGGCAACACUAGACGUACUCGUUUACUUAAGCUCUUUAAAUUACAUGUGCUUAUCUGAUAAAUAUUAAAGAUUGUCAACACAUACUUACAAUCCUAGAAAAAUUUUCUUGAUUUAUUUUGUGAUUUAAUUACAGAAGUUCUUGUUAUUCAUUACAAGAUGAUUUACACGGGGUAUUUAAUAGUUUUAAUUUUAACUGGUCUGGAAAAAUCAUUUGGGGCGAAAUGCGACAGGAAGAUCGACAGCAAUACCGAGCCAGGAGAGUUGGAGGGAAAAUUUUCAAUUUUUCUCUGGACUUUUAAUAAAACUGACAUGGUCGAUCAGUAUAUGCCAAAUACGCGAUACAUUGUGACGGUCGAGGGAGCGAGCUUGCCGGAAAUUGGCCUACAUAGCUCUGAAAAGUACACAGAAAAGUUCAUAAGAUUUUUAUUGACAGUUGAUAAUAAGAAUGAGUCCUCCUCAUCGGAGGGGUCAUUUGACCUUAUUGACGACUCGUUGACCCAGUUCUCGGACAAGUGUCCAAACAGUAUCAUGGAGACGAGCAAGAUACCAAAGGGAGACAUAAGUGUUGCAUGGACGAGCCCUCCCGAGGGAAGCGGCUGCGUACUCUUCAGGGCGACAAUAAUGGAAACCCCCGAGACAUGGUUUAUGGAUGAAGGCGGCUUAGUGAGAACAGUUUGUCAAGAUCCCAAAGCAAUAGAAGACGAUCCGGGACCUGUCUUGCCUGAGUGCUGUGCUUGCGACGAAGCCAAGUACGAGGUCACGUUCGAGGGUCUCUGGUCUCGGAAUACUCAUCCCAAGGAUUUUCCCAGCAAAGGCUGGAUGAUUAAAUUUUCGGACGUUAUUGGGGCUUCUCAUACUUUCGACUACCGGUUUUGGAAGUUUGACGACACGGCCAGCGAAGGGCUUCAGCAAGUGGCCGAGUUCGGGUCAACAAGAAAACUCGAGUCCGAGCUCAAAGAGCAGAGCGAACAUAUCAGGACAAUUAUCAAAGCACGAGGUAUCAGCCAUCCAAAUGUCACCGGAAGGACUUUCGCAGUGUUCAGAGUAGACCGGAAGCAUCAUCUCAUGUCACUGGUUUCCAUGAUUGUACCGUCACCUGAUUGGAUUGUCGGAGUCUCUGGGCUGGAGCUUUGUCUCUCGAAUUGCUCGUGGAUCGAACACAAAGAGCUCAAUUUAUACCCGAUCGAUGUGGGAACUGAUGACGGGAUAACUUACAUGUCCCCGGAUUCGCCGCUGGAAAACCCGGAGCCAAUAAGACGAAUAACAACCAGCUGGCCAAAUGACACGAGGUCGCCUUUUUAUGAUCCCCUUGGCAUGGACAUGAAACCUAUGGCAAAGCUGCACCUCAGCAGACAAAGACUUUACGAAAAAGCCUGCGAUGAUUCUGCCGGCACCACUGCCACUGAUUCAGGUGGUGAUAAUAAUGAAGUUAAUAAUAAUAAUGAUAAUGAUAAUAGUAUAAAUUCAACAACAGACGAAGAUGGUGAAAACCAUAAAGGAAAGAACCGUAAACCCCACAGAAAAAAAGAUAAGUCGUGUAGGACAACUCAAUGGAGUGGGUGGGGCGAGUGCUCGGUACCUUGUGGCGAAGGAAAGAGAAUGAGACAAAGAAAAUAUGAGGAUCCAAUAGCUGCUGCGGCUCAUAAUUGCAAUAAAUCAUUAAGUAACCGCGGAGUCUGUUAUGGAAAUAAUCCAGAAUGCAAUGGAAACGAAAGAGAAGGGACGAUUCUCGACACACCGGCGUGCAAAUUAAAUCAAUGGUCAGAAUGGAGUUCUUGUACAACAACUUGCGGCCAAGGAGAAACUGUACGCUCCCGUAUUUUUGUCCAUAAGAAACAUCGCAAGCACUGCAUGAUGGUACCGAAUGGCCCAGAAUUGCAGCAGACGGUUCCAUGUGAUAAUGGGCCUUGCGAAAAUACGGAAACUGAAGAGGUAAGAAAAUUAGAGGAUCAGGAUGACAAUGUUGUCGUUGAUGAUAUUACCGAGGAAACGGAGGUUGAGGCAGAGACAGAGGAGGAUAAAAUGGAAGGGGAUGAGGAGAAUGAUGAUGAGGAAAAUCAGGAGGAAGAGAAUGUGGAGGGGGCAGAAAAUCAGGAAGGAAAUGAAGAAGAAGAAAAAGAUAAUGAUGAUGAGAAUAAUGAUGAAAAUGAUGAUGAAGAAGAGGUGGUGGAGGUAACCGAGGAAUGGUUGCAGAAAUGUCCUGAUGACGUGUACGGUCCCUGGGGUGCAUGGUCUCCAUGCACAUCAUCAUGUGGACUGGGUACUAAAACGAGACACCGCAGACCUAUUGAUGGCGCUGAUGAGGGAAGUGUUAAUUGGGUUUGUCGAAUACAAAGUGUUAAUUGUACUUCAAAAAUAAAAAGCUGCGAAAUAACUCCUGAAGAUGCUGAAAUGAUUUGCAACGAGCCAUUGAUUACUGGAUCGUGUGAAGGAUCUUUCAAGCGAGUCUACUAUAAUUCGACAACAAAAGAGUGCAAGUUUUUCAACUACAAAGGAUGCGAGGCCAAUAGAAAUAAUUUUCAAACUGUCGAAGAGUGUAUGAAAGUUUGUAACGAAAUCCGGAAUCCAGAGUCUGAGGAUUUUAAUGGAAUCCAAGCCGGCAGUCAAGUUUUGUCGACAACUCAAGAAUACGAGGAAGGACAAAAAGUGGAUUGUGAAGUGACUGAGUGGAGCGACUGGACGAUUUGCGAAGACUGUCACGGAUAUACCAACAGCACUCGGUCUAUUAUGACUCCGGCACAAAACGGCGGACGGAGGUGUCCGAAGAAACUGAUGAGAAAAAUAAAAUGCCACAAAAUAUUACCCGGGUGCUCAAAAGACAGUCGGGGUGAUCGCCGGAAACGUUAUCGUGAUCGCAAGUCCGUUUUGCCCGAAAAUCAUAACAACAAUAAUAAUAAUAAUAAUAAUAAUAAUUAUAGUUAUAAUAAUGGAGUUUCAGUUGACUGUAAAUUAACCCACUGGUCUCCUUGGUCUUCGUGUCACGCGACUUGUGGCAACGCAGUUCAACAUCGGACACGAAGAAUUCAAAUUCAUCCCUCCGGAUUACAUGGCAAACCUUGCACUAGACUCGUCGAGUUUCGAAAGUGCUCAAUGUUUCCUUGUAUAGCUGAAUAACCCU